UCCAUUCGUGUGAGCCAGUGGUUGAGCAGAGAGAUCAUAGCUGGCUCUGUGUGUGUGUGUGUGCGUGUGUGUGUUUAAAGGCAAUACAUGGUGAUUUAUUCCUGCAGAUUGAGGUAAUUUUGCAGCAUUUCAAAGCCUAAAUCCCUUCCUCGUUUAUCCAUAUAGUCCUGAGGAAAAUGCAGAUAUGUAUCCGAGAGGGCGUAUAAUGCAUCCAUGAUCCACAGGAAUCCUGAAUCCUUGCAGCUGAUUGGCUGCUGGGUCCUGCCUCUUGUUGGGAUGGACCUGUUGGAUAAAAGGACCAUUUUCUAAAGGACUCUUGUGUGUUAUACAGAGGAUCAUGCACUGGGGACCAUCCUGCGAGACGGUUUCAUAAGAAAAUAGGCCUUUCGAGAAGCAUCCGAAGAACAAGCAUGACGGGGAAACAAGGCGCCGUGCUGUCGGAAAGUUUAAAUCUAUCGGAGAAAACCUCUCUGGGCGCGAAUGGAGGGAGUAACAGCCACCAGCCGAAGAGCAGCGCGACCCAUCCGCCGCCCAGGUGCACCGGCUUUGGCAUCCAGGAGAUACUGGGGCUGAACAAGGAGCCGUCCGCGGCCCCGAGGAGCCCGCUGAGCUCGCUGCCGGCCGGGGCGCACCUGAUCGCCGCCAGGUCCUUGCUGAGCCCCGCCGGCAUGGGGGUGGGUGUCGGGAUGGGAUUAAUCGGCGCUGGUGGAAUUCCGACGUUUUACAGGCAGCCUGCGUUUUUGGAGACGGUGCUGUCGGACGCACAAGAUGUUCACCUGCAGCCUCACAGCAGGUCCGUAGGGCCGCUGGACACCAGCCAGUCCGCCAGCUCAGACUCAGAUGAUUUGUCUUCAAAUGAACGAAAACUCUCAAAGUCUUCAGUAAGUCAGAGCAAGAAACGCAAGAAAAGACGCCACCGGACCAUAUUCACCUCCUAUCAGCUGGAGGAGCUGGAAAAGGCCUUUAAUGAAGCGCACUACCCGGAUGUUUACGCACGAGAGAUGCUGGCCAUGAAGACAGAGCUACCUGAAGACAGGAUACAGGUAUGGUUCCAGAACCGCAGAGCCAAGUGGAGGAAGAGGGAGAAAUGCUGGGGCCGCAGCACCGUCAUGGCCGAGUACGGGCUGUAUGGAGCCAUGGUGAGGCACUCCAUCCCUCUGCCAGAGUCCAUCCUCAAGUCUGCCAAGGAUGGCAUCAUGGAGUCCUGCGCCCCCUGGCUGCUCGUCCAAGAUGGCUUACCAAUCACCAGACGCUAUUCUAAAUCUGAAUACCCGCAACUCUUUGCAGGGAUGCACAAAAAGUCCACGGAGGCAGCAGUCCCCCCGCCAACAGGACAGUGCGACGCGCCCCAGCAGCCGAGCUCUCAGAGGGCGGACGAGGCUGAGGCGGAGGACAAGAGGUCAGAGGGCAAGUCCACCAUUUCUAAAGAGGAACUGAGAGAGAACAGCAUUGCUGCACUCAGGGCCAAGGCACAGGAGCACAGUGCCAAAGUGCUGGGGACGGUUUCUCAUGACAGACUGCUGGAGGGCAAACAGGAGAGACAGGCGGCAGAGGAGAAAGCCGGCGAUCCCCUGAGUCCAGCAGAGGAGGAGAAAAGUCCGUAGAGACUCCGACGCUCCUGUGGACUUUUACUCUCAUGAGUGAGUGCAGUGGGCUGGCUGCACUUCCCCAACAUCACUCACUGUCCUGCAGGUUUUCAUCCCACACUGACUUCUCUAAAAACCGGCCUGCAUCUGGACUUCUGUAAGAAGAGAACUCAUCUGGCCGUCAGUGCUGCACAGAAGAUGCAACAUGCACUUUCUCUGAUUUACUUCCAAACCUGCAGUUGUUGUUGCUUAUGCAUAGUAGAGAAGAGUCGACUGAGUGGGAUUUAAGUGUUAAUAUUGGUGUAUAUAGAUCCCACAGUUAUAUAUAGAGCCAGAUGAGUCAGAUUUUAUCCAGUAUAACAGUUGUACCAUAUUAAUUAGGACUACCAAUGACAAUUUCAUUCUUGGCAUUCAUGUUAAUGUUGCUUGUACAGUUACUAAAUGGUGACAUUUGAGAUAAGAACCAUCCCACCGACAGAAAGUAAUUGUUGUCCUACAUCGCGCUGUAUAUACUUGAUAUAUUAAUCUCUCUCACUAAGGCACAAUUCGACAUAUGUUUUCUUGUAGUCUUAAAAGAUGUUUGUGUUUUCAUUUCAGAAUAUGUAUAAGUCAAAGAACAAAGCAUAAAAUAGAAACCACCUUUUAUUAAAA